UUUUUUCGAAUUGAAACAAUUCUAAACAGUUGAACUCUAUUGGUAAAACACUUGGCGGUUCUUUUCAUCCAAUCAUCUUUUCCUCUUUGUCACUAUAUAAAUGAAGAGGUGAAAUCAACGGUCAAUCAUUUUGCCCUUGUUAAUUCAAAAGCAAUCUUCCCAUGUUGUUACCACUUUAUUUCCUUUUCCUUUAAUUGUUGAUUUUUAAUUGUUAUUUCUCCUCCUGAUCAUCUUUUGUGUAUUGAUAUUUCAAUCUGUGCUGCUACAUAUUUGGAUAAGCUACACUCACUGAACAACUACGUUUUGGGUUCAAUUUUUCCAUCAUCAUUGACAUCAUCCAUUUGGCUUUAGCUUCAUUUUCGUUAUUAGACACAGCGACAACAACUGCUGAUAAUGCAUUCAACUGAUCUAUUGCGAGCCGAAGUGAUUUCUCUCUUCGAAGAUAAUCCCUCUAAAAAGCUUCCAUUUGUUACUUUUCAAUAUUUUUUUGAGAAAAAUUUCCACAGAUCUUUAACCCGAGCCGAUUUGAGGCGUUUAAGAGAUACCAUUGAGUUGGUUCCUGAUUCUUAUAAUGGUAUUGGUAAUGGCUUCAACAGCAACAUGAGUCUAAAUGGUAGUUCCAAUUCAAUUGAUUGCAACAAUUUUGGUGGUAAAUAUAUUACUCUUAGCAGUAAAUAUAAAGCAGCAUUAAGUCUACCUUCAGUGAUGAUCAGAAGAGAAAAGAUUUUACCCUUUUGUGCAAUCCAUCAACCCGAGGCAAUGGGUUCUUCAUUGUUAUCAUCUAAAUCGCCUUUAUCUUCAUCCUCAAUCAUAUCAUCGUCAUCUUCAUCAUCGCAUGGAAAAACGAUAUCAUCAAAAGCAACGAGUACAAGUUCUGGUUAUUCAAAGAUAAAUAGUAACAGUUUUGAUGGUUGGACCGAUGAAGAGCCUCUCCUUUGUUUACCCCUUGUUAAUAUUUCAUUAAAACAGUUGGCACCCCGAAUGCAUGCUCUUCUUGACUCUCAUUCAGGUUGUCUACCACUGAAUAGUUUAUUAACCUGUUAUUAUUAUCAAUUUAAUGAAAAGUUAAAUACCAGUGGAGGUUCACUGGUACCUUUGGAACACUUGAUUACCUGUAUACCCGGUAUAGAGAUUACCAUGGAUCCCGAAGUGUCCUUCAAACGUGUUGCAUGGUCAUCGAGUAAAUCAAAUGCUGUCGUUUCCGCUUCUUCAUCUUACUGUUCUAGUCAACAUCAAUCACAAUUUUCAGGCUCAUCUUCAAGUUGUUCAGACGUUUCAUCAUAUAAUUCAAUGAUGUCAAGUGGAAAUAAUGCUUAUACUAACAGUAAUAAUAAUAAUAGUAAUAAUAAUAAUAAUAAUUCCAAUAGCCUUUAUUACAGCUCUAAUCACCACAAUAACAAAGGAACAAGCAUAACCCCUACAACAGCCUCAUCUUCAUCUUCAUCUAAUGAUAAUAUUGCUCGUCAAAUGGCCCAAUUUAGUCGAGAAGUGCGUGACCUUUUGAAAAGUCAACCUCGUUCUUUGAUUCCAUUUUCAAAAUUUGUUCCUGCUUAUCAUAACCAUUUUGGUAGACAAUGUUGUGUAUAUCAAUAUGGAUAUACAAAAUUAAUUGAACUCUUGGAAGCUAUUCCUCAUGUGGUACAAAUUUUGGGUGAAGGAUCCAAGAAAAUGUUAACUCUUACCCACCGUGAACAAACUAAACGUUUCGCAUCUGAUUUAAUCAGAGUUUUAAAAGCCCAACCAGCCAAAAGGUUGACUCUUGGAGAGCUUCCAUCUAAGUAUGAAAAGGUUUUGGAGAAGCCGUUCUCCAUCGAAAAUUAUGGUGUUUGCUGUGUAACAGAUAUUUUAGUUGAUGUUUGGGAAGGAACAGUGGUAAUCAUUAAACCAGAGGGUAUUAGUGAUUCUGAUCAGAUCAUUUUAGAAAUACCAAGAAAGGAACGAACUUCAGAGGAAAUUGAAAGGACCAAAUAUUUGAUUCGUGAUAUAAUUGAAUUGUUUCAAUCAACUCCGACGCUUAGUAUGCCUUUCUCUAAAUUUAUUCCCACUUACCAUCACUACUUUAAUCGACAGUGCCGUGUAUCAGAUUAUGGUUUCACCAAGCUGAUUGAACUGUUUGAAUCCCUUUCACCAGAAGUCGUUGAAUUAGAAGAUAAUCUAGCUGGCGAUGAAAAAAUAAUCAAAUUAAGUCACGAGUAUCGAAUCAAAACAAUUACUGGUCGUUUGACUUCUCUCAUUAAGAGUGUUUCAAACAGUGUAACUCCUGAUUGUUUACAUGAUCUAUUCAGAUAUGAAUAUGGCCAUGCAAUUAACUUCCGAGCAUAUGGAGUCGAAAAUAUGGUUCAGCUGAUCGAAAUGUUGAAUGAAAGUCUAAAGUUGGUUAAAUCGGAUGACAAUCGUGUGUACGUUUCUUUGGCAGAACGCAAAUAUAGUCGACCUUUCUGUCAUCGUGUUACUGUUGGCGUUCCAAAUUGUCCUUCACCUCCUAACGACUGGGUACAAUCCUUUGAUCCCCAGAAAGAGACAAAGUUAAAGAAUGAUUCUUCCCGUAAAGUUAAACCCUGGCGAAUUGCUGCUAAUUUUACAUCUCAGGCAACAGUUUGUUAACCUAAUCAGAUAUUAAUCGCGUUUAACUCUAAAAACAACUCCAAGGCUUGUUGAAAUCAUUGUUUCCGUAAAGAAAAUUGAUUUCCUUUAACUCAAUGAUUCAAAUUAACAUUCAACUUCGAUCAUAACUGUGCAGUUGAUUCCGUUGUAAUCCAAUUUAAUUUUUACCCACGCAAUUGACUUGAUGACAUUAUUUUCUUUCCCUUCAAGGCAAUUAUUCAAUAACAAUUUAAGUUUGUCUUCAAUUGGUAACUCUCAUCAGCUCAUGUGUUUCUAUUAAAGCGAAAGACAACACACAAAUGAUUAUUUUCUAAUCAAUUUCAACUUGUGAUCAUUCAAAAAACUCCAACAAUAAAUGAAAAAGAAAAAUGAAAAAAUUUUUCCCUCUACUGGUAACAUUGAAAACUAAUAAAAAAAAGUAAACACAUAA